CCCUCGCCCACUUCGGCCGAACGCGCUCCUUGGCUUCUCUCUGCACCUCCGAUACACUGCUAUUCUCUUCUGAUCGCGCAGCAGAUAGGGAGCAUACGAUGGAUGAUACGAUGGAAAUGCCAACCGCGGCGCCCAAGCCUGACGUGCCGCAGGAAACCGAGGAGGAAGAGAAUUCUUCAGGAGACGAGGACCAGGGCCCUGACUGGACAAAGAUCCCCGGCCUCCCGGCGGCGCGGCCAGUCAUACCGAAGAGAGGAGAAAAAGACUUCGAGCCUACCGCGCAAGGUGGCUCUGGGCUGCAGAAGCAUGUCCUCGAUCGCUCGCGCUCGGCGAUGCUGGACGCUUUAAAGGGCACCCGCACAAUCGCGCACAAAUCCGUGAGCCAUGGCAUCUGGUACCCGGGCCUCGCGAGGGCGCACGUCACUGUAGCACGGGGGAUUCACUUCUCCACGAUGGGACAUUCGGUCGCGCGGCCGUCUACAAGCUCUGAGGACGCGAGGAAGGUGCAGAAACGCCUUGAACUUCUUCCGGAAGAGGCGCUAUAUCUGGUGGAGAGAGGCGCGAUGUUUUGCUGGAAGCCGACGGACUUGCCUCUACGACCAACUGCGCACCUGGACGACAUGGAGGGAGUACCCAUGUCCGCCCAACAGGCCUACGCCGAAAUGAUCGGCAGCUGCGACCUCACGUCCGAGAAGUACCAGGUCUAUGCGUAUCUCAGACGACUGGGAUACGUUGUGACACGAGCGAAACCACCGACCUCAGAUUAUCCCGUUCCGCCUCCCCAUUCACCCACUGCCCGUACGCCAGCUUCUAUUUUUGGAAGGCUGUAUAACGCGGUUGCCUCCUUGCUUGCACGCAUGACUCGGGUGUUCGCUGGCAGUUUGGACUGGUGGCAGCCCCUUCGCCCCAAUGGCUGGUUACACCAUCAUAUAAACAACACAUCACUGUUCAAGUCCCUCCGAUUUCUCCCCUCGGGACAUAGCGCCCCGCUACACAUCCAGCAAACGCCUGAGACGCCUCCAUCGCCCUACCAGGUUUUCUACCAUCUCUAUAAACCCUCCACGCCGUUCAAGAAGACAGCGCCUCCACCACCAGAUUUCUCCGUUGUUGUCGUCAAUGCCCGAGCCUCGCCGAUGCCAACUAUAUCCGAGCUCACAGCCUUGUUCGGUGAACUCCCCGUGCUACCGCCCCCCGCGCCACGAAAACGAGUCUCCUUUGCACAGCAGAAGGCGGCCGCUGCAUCUUCAAAAGCGCCGACAAAUCCCUCGUCAAAAACUCCGCCUGCUCCGGAGCCGUCAGUCGCGCGAAGAGCAAUAGCUUGGGUAUGGCCUUGGUCGACGACAAAAGCGGCACCCCCUGCGCGCCCGCCGAACCCGUUUCCGUCCUUGAAGAUGGGCAACAAGACGGUGGUCAUCGCGGCGGUGGACGCAGGCACGAUCAGCUUCUUCAGGUUUGGACAAGGCGUGUUCACCGAGUGGCCGAUGGUAUGA